GUCUGGAGCAGACAAAAGUUUAGAGUGCAUGUAAGGUUAGCUUCACGAAAAGCUCAGUCCCACUCGGGGAUAAGAGCUCAUCUAGAUUUGAGAUAUUUUAUAUAUUUAUUUAACUUAUCUUUUUUUUUUCCUUUCUCUCUGUGGAUUACUUGGAGCCCAAUUAAAAAAAGGAUUAAAAAAAAAAAAAAGGGAUAUCGCGUUUUUACUGAAAGCUAUGGUGGCUUACGAUGACCUGGGAAGCUUGGUGCCUAUCAAACGGACUCUGCAAGUGAUAGACAACCAGAACCAAGCCCACAAGGAGUUAGAGGAACCCAGCAACAAGCGUGUCCGUUCUCUCGGCAGGGUGACGUCGUUAGCUAACCUCAUCUCUCCGGUGAAGAAUGGGGCCGUCCGGCGCUUCGGCCAAACCAUCCAGGCCUCCUUCCGGAGCGAUGGCAAGUCGCCGGCCAUGCCCCAGAAGCCUUGCAGCAAGGCACCGGCCCCCACGCCACCAAAAAGGAGAAACAGCACACUGUGGUCUGAGACCCUCGACGUUCACCAGAAGGAAACCUUAACCACCAAAGAGAUCAAGAGGCAGGAGGCCAUAUUUGAGCUGUCUCGCGGAGAACAGGACCUGAUUGAGGACCUCCAACUUGCACGCAAGGCGUAUCAUGACCCAAUGCUGAAGCUCUCCAUAAUGUCAGAAGAGGAACUCUCGCAUAUUUUCGGCAACCUGGAUGCCUACAUCCCUCUGCAUGAGGACUUGCUGGCCCAGCUUUCCAAAGCAACAGGCUCCAACGGAACCGUGGGCCAGAUCGGUCAGAUUGUUGUAAAUUGGCUGCCCAAGCUAGACGCUUACAAAGACUACUGCAGCAACCAGCUGGCUGCCAAGGCCCUGCUGGACCAGAAGAAACAAGACAGGCGGGUUCAAGACUUUCUGCAGCGCUGCCUGGAGUCGCCAUUUAGCCGGAAGCUGGAUCUCUGGAGCUUCCUGGACAUCCCACGCUCCCGCCUGGUCAAGUACCCGCUGCUGCUCAAAGAGAUCCUGAGACACACUCCGCCCGAACACCCUGAUGUCACCAGCUUGGAAAAAGCAAUCACCAUCAUCCAAGGCGUGCUGUCAGACAUCAACAUGAAGAAGGGCGAGUCUGAGUGCUUGUACUACAUUGACAAGCUGGAGUAUUUGGAUGACAGGCAGAAAGAUCCCCGUCUUGAACAGUGCAAAAGCCUGCUGUGUCACGGCGAGCUUCGCAACAAGAGCGGCACGAAGCUGCACGUGUUCCUGUUUACCGAGCUGCUUGUCCUGACCCGCUCGGUCAUCCGAAAUGAGCGGCAAUGUUUUCAAGUGUACCGGCAGCCCAUUCCCGUGCAGGACCUGGUGUUGGACGACCUGCAGGAUGGUGAUGUCAGGAUGGGUGGUUCGUUUAGAGGUGCCUUCAGUAACGCUGACAAAGCCAAGAAUAUUUUCCGGGUCCGUGCCCAAGACCCAAGCCAGGCGCAGUCGCACACGCUCCAGGUCAACGAUGUCUUCCACAAGCAGCAGUGGCUGAACUGCCUGCGCAGCGCCAUCUCUGUCCACCGACCCCAUGGUGACCCCGCUUCCCCGGCGACAAUGGACGUUCGACCCAAACGGCGCCCAUCCUCCGUCUCCGCCAUUGUCCACAUGGAGGAGACAGACGAGAACUUCCCACAGCGCACCACCCAGUCCGCACCCAGCUCACCGUGUGGCACCACCAGCCCAUCCCCCUCAGAUUCCUCUUCCUCUUCCACGUCAUCGUCGCCUAUUUCCCCGCCUGCGUCUCACAAGACCAAAAAGGACAAGAGGUCCCUUUAUUCAUUAGGGAAGAGAAAAGAGACCAUGGUAUAAAGUGGGAGGAGAAAAAAAAAAAGACUCAAUUCUUAUUUGUACAUAAACACGGGAAAACGUGGGUCUUGUAUAUUUAUGUGUCAUUGUGCGCGUGUACCCUCACAACAGUGUUCUUUGUUUCUGUCCACUUUGGCAGCUGUUUACCUGACCCCUCCUUUUUAAGUCCAUCCCAAAGACCAGGGUUUCCGUUUCCCACAUCCAAUUAUUGUUCUGCCAUAUAAUUGUCAAUUUUGGGAAGUUUGGGAAACCCUGCCAAAGACAAAAAGAAAGGGAAGAAUGUUUACCGUUAAUAUGAUAUUUAAGCUUUUUUUUUCCUGCAUAAGAAGAGGGAUGUAGUUUUACAUUUUUUUUAUAUUCUUAUGUGGUAUUUUUUUUUAGCUAUAUUAAAAGGAGCACUGUUUUAGCUUUUAGGUGGCGCAUGUGGUUUAGGUAAGACAGGAAGAUAAAUUAAGAUGUACCACAUAAAAGUUACGAGUGAACUAUACGUCUUAUUUCUAUACAUUCCUUGAACCCAAAAAUGCCAGGAUGUGGUUGUUGUAUUUUAUUUUAUUUUAUUUUUGCAUCAGGCGUUAUUUAAAUCUGAAAUCAAAAGUCGGGGAUGUUCUGAAACUGAUUUUCGAACUGAGCCACAGAUGGUUUAGAAAUUUCGAAGGAGACUUUUCAGUGUAGCAUCUUUCACGGAAUCGAAGUUGUGCGGAAUUACAGAAUGUGUUAUAAGAAGGAUGAAGAAGAGAAUGUUGCUGAAGAGUUUGGACUGUUUGGGAAUGAAAAGAAAGCUAUUUAAGAAAAUGUUGGAUGGUCGGAGUUGGAAAUGAGUACGUCGAAAGAAGGUUUCUGUAUGUGUAUGCUGAGAUAGGAAAAAGGAGGGGAAAAGAGUACUUGCCAUUAACUUUACCCGAGUAUAAGAACAAUAAAAAUCUGUGUAAGAUUUACAGCUGAA